AUGUUCUCUCUCCUUCCUCUGCUGCUGCUGCUUUGGGCCAUGGGCUCUCAAGGCUUCCCAGCAACUUCAGAGCAAGAUAUGGAGACAGUUCAGAAAUAUCUGGAAAACUACUACAACCUAAACAUUGAUGGAGAGCAUAUUAAAAAGCAGAAAAGCCAUGACACACUGGCUGAAAAGCUGAAGCAAAUGCAGGAAUUCUUUGGGCUGAAGGUGACUGGGAAGCCGGAUGUUGAAACUCUGAAAAUGAUGAAGCAGCCCAGAUGUGGGGUGUCUGACAUGGCCUUCCGCUUUAAACUUACUCCAGGGAAUCCUCGAUGGGAACAUACACACCUGACCUACAGGAUCGAAAAUUACACACCAGAUUUGCCAACAGCAGAUGUGGACCAUGCCAUCAACAAAGCCUUUCAACUCUGGAGCAGAGUCUCACCCCUGACCUUCAGCAGGGUCUUUCAGGGUCAGGCAGACAUAAUGCUCUCCUUUGUCUGGGGAGAUCACCGUGACAACUCUCCCUUUGAUGGACCAAAUGGAAACCUUGCUCAUGCUUUUCAACCAGGCCCAGGAAUUGGAGGUGACGUUCAUUUUGAUGAAGAGGAAAGGUGGACCACUGAUUCCAGAAAUUACAACUUGUAUCGCGUUGCGGCUCAUGAAUUGGGUCAUUCCCUUGGACUCUCUCAUUCUACUGAUAUUGGAGCUUUGAUGUACCCAAACUACAUCUUCAGUGGUGAUGUUCAGCUAAAUCAGGACGACAUCAAUGGCAUACAGGCCCUAUAUGGACCUUCCAAAAACCCUAUUCAGCCAAAUGUCCCACAAACCCCACAAGUGUGUGAUAAUAAGCUCACUUUUGAUGCUAUAACUACAAUUCGGGGAGAAACAAUGUUCUUCAAAGAUAGAUUCUAUAUGCGCGUAAAUUCCUUUUACCCAGAAGUUGAUCUCAACUUCAUUUCUGUUUUCUGGCCACAUCUGCCCAAUGGAUUUCAAGCUGCUUAUGAAGUUGUCUAUAGAGAUGAAGUCCGGUUUUUCAAAGGUAACAAAUACUGGGCAGUUCAGGGGCAAUAUGCACUAUACGGAUACCCCAAGGACAUUUACAGCUCCUUCGGCUUCCCCAGAAGUGUGAAACACAUUGAUGCCGCUGUUUCUGAGGAAGAAACCGGAAAAACAUACUUCUUUGUUGCUAACCAGUACUGGAGGUAUGAUGAAUAUAAAGAAUCCAUGGAUGCAGGCUAUCCCAAAAUGAUAGCAGAUGACUUUCCUGGAAUUGGCAACAACGUUGAUGCUGUCUUCAAGAAAGAUGGAUAUUUCUAUUUCUUCCAUGGAACAAGACAAUACAAAUUCGAUUCUAAAACUAAGAGAAUUUUGACUCUCCUGAAAGCAAACAGCUGGUUCAACUGCAGAAAAUAA